UCAAAACAUGCGAAGGUCCGCAACAACAGAGCGAAAAAAACGACGAAAACUCAAAAGAAAGCAACAAUUGCAUUAGUGACAAUGAAGGGCUGGUAGCAAUGAGCGAAAAGUCCCAGCACUGCUAGCGUUCGAUACGACCCAACAACUCCAGUCCAUUUAACCGCAAUUGCUCCAACCAAACCGCAUGGCUGUGUGCUGCAACGCGUGUCGUGCUACGAUUUAGCCCCAAUGGUGGUCGUGGUUUAUCGUGGACCUUGAAAAAAGGUUUCGGAAGCUUGCCCUCACCAGUGUAUUGAUUUUCCCCGACCAAAAAAACAUGGUGACAGACUAGGUGGCUUUGUGGAGCUGUGAAAACACGGCUGCAAAGAAAGAAAUGCUGCUUCCCAUGCUGGGGCAGCGUCUAGUGAGUUGUGCAAGUAGCAAGAGCAUGCUUGUGCGUUUUUUCCUGUCGUGUUUCGAGAAAGCCAGCCAAAAGUGCAGCUGCACAGCUAAGGCCAGCUGCUGCUGAUGGGAGCGUUGCAUCAAAACAAAUGGUGUGAGACAGAAUGGUUAGGGAGCCAGCCCAGCCCCGGCCCUUACAAAGUCCGUGUCUGCGUGUGUCCAGUCCAGUGUGCGCUUGGUAGCAUCAAAUUGCAUAAUGCGAAAGGCUUUGGGAAGGAUACAUGUCCUCUAGACAGCGCGUUGGUAGUGAUGGUGUAUUGGGGAGAAGUGCGCGGGAAGGAAGCCCGUAGAAAGCGCAGCAACGCGUCCGGUGGAGAAUGCUAAAGGUCAACCGUCAGAGCUUCGCCUGUUAUGUUCUGCCCGUUGUCAUUGUUACAGUAAUAGUAUUAGCUGCAUCAUCGCUAGCGGCAGUCGAGGAAGUAUUGUAGUAUUUACCGCCGAUAAAGCAGUAGCGCAAUCAGUGGUAGCCGACGGACGUGGUGUUUUGUGCUUGUGCGUCAUCGUAGGCUGGGAAGUGGAAUAAGUCAUUAUAGCAUCCAGCUGAGAGAGCGCAAAGUUGUCCGAAAUUUCCCCAUCCACUCUGGGAGGCGAGCGUUGCGCACCCGGUGCCCUUAAAGCGUGCUUGUGUGUCUAUUUACGCACAAGAGUAUUAUCGCAAUCGGCUAAUGUGUUGAGUGAACGGCCCGGAUAAAGUCCUGCACACUCACGCACACACAAGAGGACACAACGUAGGCCUGCCGAUGGCCAAUGCAGGUCAGCACAUAUUACUUCGAUCGGCUGUAGUGAAUUACGUUACUGGAAAGGUGUCAUAUGCAGUUACUGCUUAGCCUGGUCCGGUCGUUUUCAUCCGGAGUGGCAAUAUUAGGCAAAGGAGGCUGUUGUGUAGAGCCGGGGCGAGUGGAACGUGAUUUCCCAUUUUUACUUCUGCACACACGUUUCCAUAGGAACGAUCGAUUUUGAAGUGAAAGAAGCAAAAACAACAUCAUUCGCCAUCCAGCAUGGGCGGCUCAGUUAGCCAAGUGUUUCGGUCCGGCAGCGCGCUGCUCUCCAACCGCGACGGCCACAAGGUGUCGGAAACGACGGUUGAAAAGGUGAACACAAUCUUCGACGCACUCAGGGCAAAUCCAAAGAUAUCGAUACAGCGGCUAGAGCCACUGUUGCUUCAAAUACCGAAGUACGAAAAUAUCCUUGCGAUACACGACGAAACAGGAUACAAUUUGCUGCAGAAAAGCGUAGGACUAAACCAUGUAGAACUAGCUAGGUGGCUACUGCAAAGACAUCGCCCGGAUGUGAACCGGAGCUCGUGUUCCUUACCACUACACAUAGCCUGUCUGAAGGGUUACGAAGAAUGUGUGGAGCUGCUGCUUAAACACGGUGCUAGAAUAGAUACCGAAGCAAGGAUGUGCUUUCCCGGUGCACACUCGCACAACUGCGAAGAGAGUGGGAAGUACAAAAAUCAAGGGGACGAUGUGAGGGUUUGCGAGCGACCGAACACGAAGCUGCAGAAUGCCGUCUGCUACGCGAUCGACGGCGAUCAGAUCAAUGUGCUGAACAUACUGGCUCAAAAGAUGGAGGAACCGUGGAUGCCGUUCCGGGUGCGGAAGCCGCUGCUGCACAUUGCCUGCGAGCGGGGCGCCUGGAAGUGUGUGCAGCAUCUCGUGCAGACGCGCUCGGACGAGAUCAAUCUGAUCAAGGACGAGUACUACCCGAUCCACCAGGCGGUGCUGCACGACGGACGCUUUCUGGAGCUGCUGAUACAGCACGGUGCCAUCACGACGGUGCGCACCUGCACGCAGCAAAUGACGCUGCUGCAUGUUGUGAUCCUGGCGGCGAGAAAGUCGGCCGAAGACACACUCACCACAAUCCGUAUACUGUUGGAGCGGGGCUGCAAGGAACUGAUCAAUAGUCCCGAUUCUUUGGGCAACACCCCACUGCACGCGAUCAUCGUACGGUAUGCCCUAGAGGAGGCCAGAUAUGGCUACGACAAGUGGAACAAAUGGGAUGUGUUGCAUUUGGUGCGCUUCCUACUGCAGAACGGUGCUAAGAGCUCAAUCAAUCAAACAGGAAACAGUGCGCUUGCCUGCGUCUUUCGCCAUAUACGAGACUGGGAGGUUUGCUACGAGCUGCUGAACAUGCUCAUCAAAGAAGGAGGAGACCCCAAUAUUGUUGGUCGGGAUGGAUCCGUUCCUAUUAUGGUCUGUUUAGUGCCACUUAUCAACAAGGAUCCGCUGCACCAUUUCACACACUCAAUGAAGGUCUGCUAUUUGAACUGCAUUCGAAUACUGUUACAAAACGGCGCCAAUCCAAACUGCUCCUAUCGCUCCAACCUGACGCCGCUCCACGUGCUCAUCUUCACCGUCUCCGAGAACUUUACGCUCAACUGUGAUAUCCAGAAACGCGCCAACUUUGACUUUAUCAAAAACAUUCUCCUGCUGCUGCUGCAGUACGGGCUGGACUGCAACAUCACCUCCCAGCACAUCCUGCAGUCGGUGAUCGACAUGAUCGUCAACGUGCGCACCUGCCCGGACAUUCUGUGCGUGUACGAGCUGCUGCUGCUGCUGAUCCAGUACGGCAUCGAUCCAAACAUUUCGCUCAGCAACAAGCUGAUGGCUAAUGGGGCGAGCAGCAGCAACUCUUCCAUCAUUUUCGUAAACGAUUUCAUCAACUUCGGCGGUAUACGUGGUGCCGCACCGGGUGGUGCGGUGGACGCUACCGCUUCCGGCAGUGCCAGCAGUGCCGGCGGCCCCAGCAAUGGUGGACCGGGUGGAGUGGUGGUGACGGGCGGUGCUGGAGGAGGAGGCAGUGGUGCUUCCUCAGCGGCAAACGGGAACGGCGGUGGACCGGGCGGGUCGGGCACCGGCGGUCCCUCGAAUGGGAACGAAAACCUGCGCAGCUCGUUCCGCAACAAUGCACGCAACUAUCUGCUGUUCUACUACAUUAUGCUGAUCACGCGCAAAGAGUUCAUUCUACUCGACCGGGAGCAAACGUACCAGCGCAUCAUCUACCUGUUCUACUACUCGAUGAAGCACGAACCACUGUUCAACUGCCUGAAGACGCUGCACAAUCUGCUGAUCGCGCAGGUGCCGCACCGGUCGAUCGACAACCUGCGCCACCUAAUCAUUACACUGUACAAGAAGCCGCGCAGCCUGAAGCAGCUGUGCCGCGUCUGCAUCUACAACAGCCUGGACAAGAAGCUGGCCCCGAACAUAGCGCGGCUGAAUCUGCCCGGUCCGUUGAAAGAGUACGUGAUGAACUUCGACAAGUAGAGCCACUGACGGCCGAACACGAGCGGGGAUGAGCCACCUUUCACCAUUCACAAUUAGAUACACUCGCUAGUUAAAGGAAUAUAGCUAAGGAUCUCCAAAGCAAUCUUAUGCCACGAACAAAGACAUCUUUAGUUUAAGUCGUUUUUCGACCGUAGCUGACCGUAGAAUGGUCUGAAGAAAAAACACUCCCAAUCGAAUGUAGCUAUAAACGAAAGCGCCAGGAAACGCGUCCAUGAAGGAUGACUAAGCGCCCCAAAGCCUAAUCGAUGUGUCCUAAACAGCCCGUAAACAAAAAAUGAAAACAAUCGUACACGUAUAAAUAUUGUAAAGCUCGCAGUGAGCUAGCAACAAAAAAAAGAACAUGAAAAUAUGUAUGUGUGUUGUGUGUAUAAUGUAAAUAUGUUGUAGCGUUUACUAAGGAACCACACUUUUAUAGGUAGUUGGUUAGAUAAAAAAGUACAUGCGCUCGUGCAGCCGGAGUGGAAGGCGAAAAAUGGAGAGUGUGGUGGUGGUGGUAGUGGUGUGCACAUGAAGCAACAUCGAUGCAGUAGAUAUGAAUAACGAAAUUAUACGAUCAGGCACACAAACACACACACUUGCUUCCGGUUGCACGCCAGCUGGAGCAGUCGUCACGAACAAACGAACAAAUAUAUCAAACAAAAUAUAUGCAAGCGUGUGUACAAUGUGAAUGUAUGGGCGGAGGGGGCGGAACGAAGGGAGAGUUUCGCCGCUUGGAAAACACCGAAUUUCUUCAGCACACUUCAGAUAGGACUGAAAAAUCAAUCAAACUAAAAACUGAGCAUACAUUGUAGAUGGCGCGGAACGAAAAAGAACGGAAAACACAGAGGAAGCUGCGAAAGAAAGUAUUUUGUGCGCUGUGCCGUAAACAAUCCGUUUGUAAGGAGCUGUCCAACCGAUGUGGCAUACAAAAUAUUCGACGGAUUUGCAUGCAAAUGUGAAAGUAAUAAAGAGUUU